AUAUUUUGUCACUAUGGUUACUGGCAGCAGAUACGGAUCUUGACUUCUUUACACCAUGCUGUUCGCACUCAAGGCAGAGUGGCUGUAGUACUGUCAGGACACCUCUUGUAAUUUAGAGAAACACUUUGCACAAGAAGUUCCAUGUCUUCUGGAUCAGCGUGAUUUUGGAACCUCUGAAGAAAAACAUUCCACCUGUGAGUUACUGGUUGCUAAAAUAUGAUGGGUUCUACCACUGUGCCUGUGACCUCCACCCUCUCACUGAACAACGACUCCAGCUGUUACACCCUAUACACCCACCGGGACAAAGCCAGAGUCCUCAUGCCUCUGUUCUAUUGCGUUGUGUUCAUCGUGGGGCUGUUCGGUAACUGCCUUGCCCUCCACGUCAUCCGUCCCAAUCUGAAAAAGAUGAACUCUACCACCUUGUACUCCCUCAACCUGGUCAUCUCAGACAUCCUCUUUGCCCUCUCGCUGCCUUUGAGGAUUGCUUACUAUGCACUUGGCUUCCACUGGACUCUGGGUGAGUGGACGUGCAAGAUCUCAGGCCUCAUCUUCUAUAUAAACACCUAUGCGGGGGUCAAUUUCAUGACCUGCCUCAGCAUAGAUCGUUUCAUUGCUGUGGUCUUGCCUCUGCGCUAUGCCCGACUCAAAAAAGUCAAGAACGUGUACUACAUUUGUGUUGGCGUGUGGAUGCUGGUCCUGGCGCAGACCCUCCCCCUCCUCAAAAUGCCCAUGACGCACAUGGAGCAUGAUGGCUUCAUCACCUGUAUGGAAUACCCCAACUUUGAGAAGGUUGACCAUAUUGCCUCUAUACUGAUUGGUGCCGUCUUUAUUGGUUAUAUCAUUCCUGUGGUCACCAUCCUGGUGUGUUACUCUGCCCUAUGCUUCAAACUCCACUUAAGAACCAAAGCCAACCCUUUGAGAGACAAGUCUGGCCGGAGCCGCAAGGCCAUCGGUGUGAUCUGCUGUGUGUCCCUGGUGUUUGUUGUUUGUUUCAGCCCCUAUCACAUUGACAUCCUGCAGUACAUGAUGCGCAAGCUAGCAUCGAGCCCCGAUUGUGCCGACCUCACAGCUUUUAACAUAUCAUUGCACGUCACCGUGUGUAUGAUGAACCUCAACUCCUGUUUGGAUCCAUUCAUCUACUUUUUUGCCUGCAAGGGCUACAAGAAGAAACUUCUGAAGAUCCUGAAGAUGCAGAUCAGCAUGUCUUUCUCCAGCGCAGUGAGGACAUCACCUGAGGGUUCCUCCAAGGAUGUUAUCGAAGGCAUCAACAUGCAACUCAACAAUUCUGUGUGUACACACAGUGACCGACUCACAGAAAGGAUAUGAUAACAGUAAGAAUGAACUGAAGAGGUUAGACAUCAGAGUAGCACAAAAUGAGAACAUUAUGCCUCAGUUUUAAUCAGGACAGGGUCUCAAGCAAACCGCAAACACACUCCUCAUGAACCAAGGCAGCUACUAAGCAUCAGGAUUAAAUUAGUGUCCACAAGUUUGUUUUUUUUUAAAGAACAUCAACAAAAUGACAGUUUACAAAAAUUUCAGCACCUGUUGUGUUUAGAGAUUUAAUAUUAGUGAAUUCCUCAAAAGCAGAGUUGAGGCAGCUAAGGGCAAAAAGGAAGAUACAUCAGAGUAUGUUUUUAUGCAUAAAAGACAAUGAACAUGUGAAACUAACAUAUUUCUAAAAGUAAUAUACUCUGAAGCUCUGAAAAGUAAAGUUUAAAAUAACAAGUCAGUGACAUUACAACUAAUCACAGCCUUUAUGAACUGAAAUGUUUCGGUAGACACAGGUAUGAGCUUCAUUCCAAACGGAAAUCAAAGUUCUCUCAAGUUCCAGUUAUGUACAGUUAUAAUUAAAGCAUGAACUGGGCUGCACGCCUGUCUGAACCUGACCCGUGCCAUGCAGACGGGUCCCGUCAGGCUCGAUUUGGGUAGCCACACACUAGGUGUAAUGUCUCAGAAAAGUGAUAAAGUGGUCACUUAUUGCUGUAUGUUAGCUGCUUUAGCAUUCACUGACUCAGGCUGAAACUAAAUGAGAACAGUGAUGCUAUUUUAUUUACUAGCUUAGACCGUUUUCUGAAGUGGUAUCAGAAUACAAAAUUUUCAGUUUUGUUUUAAAUUCAGUGUGGCAGCAUUAUGCUUAUUAACAUCAGAUGUUAUUUAACUGGACCACAAGGCUGUUUAAUCUGCACAGUUAAUCAGUUCUGUUUGUGCUAAGGCAUCUCCAGCAGCUAUUUUAUGUUUCAUGUGGUAUUUUGAAGUUUCAAAUUCAAUGCUUUAUAAUUCUAUGUGCGUAACCUGCGCACACUAAACACAUAUGACAGGUUGCAUGAACAAUUCUGAUUGAAUUUAGUAAAUAUUUCUGUCUGUGUGAGAAUUUGCCAGAAACAAUGUAUAUUUUUAACAUUUUGUCUGCGCAGCUGGCAACCACCUCCGAAUCAUAGUCUGCACUCCACUCCAUCCUUAACGCCUCAUGUCACAGAGAGUGGUUAUAAGAUUGUUCAGCUAUGAGAGAUGGUGAAUAAUUUAAGAUAAAAUGUUUUCCGGUGCUUGAAAGUUGUUGUAAAUGAGGCUGUUCCUUUGCUUAGUCUGCUAAUUGGUGAUUUGAUAUCCAUUGUAAAG